CAAAUCAUGGAAUAUAAUAAACUGUGUGUAUUUAGUUGCCUAGCAAUCAUUUGUCUGACAAUGACAAGCAAUGGAGGCAAAAUAUUACUGUUUCCUGUGGAUGGAGGCUACAAUAGCAGACUCAGAAAUAUGCUGAAACUUGGUAGAAUGCUCACUAUUGCCAAACACCAGGUCACAUGUGUUCUAUCUGACAGAAUGAUGGAUGAUGCAUUAUUCAAAUUAGCCGAAGGAGGAACUGUUGAUCCAAACUUUAAAAUCAUUAGUUAUAAAAUGCCACCAGUAGAUUUAGCAGUUUUGCAAAAGAAUACUGAAAACCAAAACUUUCUGGAUUUAAUGAUUGAUAUGGAUGCACCUAAGGUUGUAGGGUUCUUUGCAGGAGAGCUUUUCAGCAAUGUUUUGGAGAACACACUGCGGGAUAAGACUUUGAUGAGUCAGUUAGCUAAGCAGGAUUUUGACGUUAUAAUCGCUGAUGAGAUUGUGAUUUUUCCAAGGAUCCUUGCAGCAGACAGAAAAAUACCCAUCAUUCUGUAUAGCAAUUUUGGUCCCAUGACAUUUGAUCCUAAUAUAAUCCCCAGGCACAGCUUGGCAUAUGUAAAUGGAUGUUUUAAUAGAUUUAGUGAUGUCAUGACAUUUUCACAGAGACUGGAAAAUGUUUGGGAAUAUUUACGAAUGAGAUGGGUGAUGUCUGACUUGUAUGCUAUAGCAGAAGCAGUUUGCUUGAAGUAUGGCUAUAGGACCUCUUGUGACAAUAUCAGAGGAAUCCAUAAAACUGUUAACCUUGUGCUUAUGAACCGAAAUGAUGUUAUACACUACCCUGCCCCCUAUAUGCAACAUAUCAUUUCCUCAGAGGGUUUCUUUAUGGAAACCCCAAAACCUUUAGAUACAAAUUACAAUGAUGUCGUUAAAAGGUCAGGGAAACAUGGAAUCAUUGUAGUAAGCUUUGGGUCACAAUUUCGGCGAUUAGGAAAAGAACAUCGCAAAAUCUUUGCGGAGGCAUUCUCCAAAAUGCCACAGAUGGUUAUAUGGAGCUAUGAAGGUGAAACACCCGAAGGUUUGGGAGAAAACACUUUUGUUGACAAAUGGAUUCCACAAGCUGAUCUGCUGGCAAACCCUGCAGUUAAACUAUUUGUAACACAAUGUGGAGCCUCUGCAUUAUUUGAGGCAUUGAAUUAUGGUGUUCCUGUUAUUGGUGUUCCCUUUAUUGGAGACCAGGAAUAUAAUUGCCAGAAGCUUGCAUAUAGGGUUAAAUCAGCCAAGGUUGUUCAAUUAAAAGGAAUCACAAGUUCAAGACUUCAGAAUGCAAUGGAAGAUGUUAUAAACAACGUAACAUAUGCAGAAAAUGCAAGAAAAGGUGCCUCUAUGUAUCAUAACCAACCAAUUGAGCCGAGAAAUAAAACCUUGUAUUGGAUUGAGUAUGUUAUUCGCCAUAAAGGAGCAGCACACUUGAGAUCAGUUGGCGAGAAUCGACUGAACUUCUUUCAAUAUUAUCUACUUGAUAUAGCGGUAUUAGCUACAAUGAUUUCAAUUGUGGUUUUCACAAGUUUUAUUUUAAUCAUAAAGUCAUUUAUUAAAUGCUUUCUAAAAACAUCAAAAACUAAAGUCCAUU